AUGAGGUAUUCAGGAUCAAUCUACCUCACAUUGGCAAUAGCUAUUGAAAGAUACACAACAGUUUGCCAUCCAUUCUUUAAGUUGUCCCACUCCUGGUCGGCCACCUACUACAUUAUACCCAUAUCUAUGUUUUCAGUUCUCUACAAUAUACCAAAGUUCUAUGAGCAUGUUGCUGUAGAAAAUACAACAUUGGUAGAUGGCCCAGCAGGAGAACCUUACAAUCUUACGAUAACUGUAAUCCAAGCCACACCUCUCAGAGAAAAUGAAAAUUAUGUAAAGAUUUACUUGAUUAUUUUGAACUUGUUGGUUCAUGGUAUAAUCCCCCUUCUUCUACUUACUGUUCUCAAUAUCAUAGUAUACAGACAGCUAAAGAAGAUGAGAGGAGGGGUCCAGAGUUCUUCAGAUGGAUAUAUUCAUCAUAAAGAGAUUAAGCUGGCUCAAGUAUCUCUUGCUAUAGUAGCAGUUUUUAUUAUCUGCCAUGCUAUCCGCUGGAUUCCUAACCUUUGGGAACUCAAGGAAUCCCAGAAGAAAGAAGAAGAUAAGAGUGCAGAUUGGCCAGCCUGGGUUGAAUAUACAACCUGCUUAUCUCAUCUUCUCACUGUUUUCAGUUCAUCUGUCAACUUCUAUAUAUAUACAUACAAGCAUUUUAAUAGUCCUGCACACCAAAGAGACAGAUCUAACUCCGAGGGGCUAACUCAGAGAUCAUUAAUGUGUGACUUAACAAGAACCUUGUCCACAGCUCCAACUAGUACUAGACCAACUAUUCACACAACAAAAGUUUAAUUUAAACUUACAAUGAAAACUGUUCAUUUGAAGUAUCAGACCGAUAUUUAGGCAACGAGAGCAAGAUGUACAGCAUACAUACAUACGGGAAAAACAGGACGGUACACCAAAUCAAGCAUCCCAGUAUUAGUGAGAGUAAUAGUAA